UCUUUCCCAUCACUCGAAUUUCUACCGCUGCUUGGAUCCGCUAUGGCCAACAAAGGGCGCCACACUGCGGAAGAGGUCGCCGUGCCACCCGUCGCCGCUCGAGCUAGCACCACCCAUAAUCCCUUUUCUCUACUUCUCGAGGGCGCCAUCAGGACCGUGAUGGGUGGCGCCGGAGGUGGCCAACGGCAACAUCAGCCAGUUGGUCGACGGUCAGAAGAUCGUGCUACUCCCAGCAUGCCGGCGUCAUGAACCUUAAGGGACUCAACUUGCUAUCUAGGCCAAGAGUGAGCUAAAUCCUCUCCCUGCCAAGGCUAACAUCAUUCAGCAAAACAAGGUUGAAUUCAAGCUGCUACAAAGAUGCCGCUACAAGGGAGUAAGGUUGCUGGCAAGUCUGCAUCCUUAGUAGCAUCUUCAUCGUCAAACAGGAGACGCCGCCGUCGAGUCAACCGUUCAAUGUCCUCUAGCAUGAUAUCGACACCAACAAAUUCAACAACGAGCACAAUCCAGAAGAUCUACGACAUCUCUAGGGAUGUCUUUGCGGCAGCCACCCCAGGCUUUGUGCCACCGCCAAGUGAUGUGGAACGUCUCACCGGGUUCCUCGAUAGCCUGACACUACAGGAUAUUGGCCUCGAUGCAACCAUGUCAUGCUUUACAGAAAAUCCCCAAGACCAUCCCAAAGUGACAUAUGUACACUUCGCAAAUUCUCCAACACUCUCGCUUUGCGUCUUCUGCUUUCCGCAAUCUGCCGUGAUCCCGCUCCACGACCACCCGGGGAUGACUGUGUUCAGUAAGAUCCUCCUCGGUUCCAUGCACAUAAAGUCGUAUGACUGGGUCACGGCUUCUUCUAGCAACCAGGUCACAAGAAUGCCGAAUGGUGCUCGUCUGGCCAAGCUGAACACUGAUGCCAUCUUUGAUGCCACGUCGAAGACUGUGGUGUUGUACCCAGAGGAUGGGGGAAACCUGCACUGUUUCAAUGCGAUGUCGCCUUGCGCGGUACUCGAUGUCAUGGGUCCUCCCUACUGCCUAGAAGAAGGAAGGGAUUGCUCCUACUUCGAUAGCGAAGCUGUGCACGCAGGUGGGGAUGGACAAUAUGCUUGGCUUAAUAAAGUGCCCCGGACCAUUGAAAUGAAUGGCUUCCCUAUGCACCUAAAUAUUCGGAUGUGAGUUCUCAGCAAGCGAGGCACAUAGAUUCGUGUUUGGUCCAUGCUGAUAUGGAGGCCAAGAGAAAUUAGGGCCUGUAGCAAACUUAUUAUUUGGUUUACUUAA